UUUUUUUUUUUUUUAAUGUCCAUUUAAGAUUGAUUGAUUAAUUAAUUAAUUAAUUUGUAAUUUCUGAUCUUUCUCUUUCUUUCGUUCAAGUCUAUUAUUUUUUGUAGCGUUUCUUUUUCUCUCUCUCUCUUUCUUUUUUAUUUUGUUGUGAGUACAAUCUACAUGGUGUCAGCUUCUGGUUUUGCAGGAACACAGAAAGAGAGAGAGAGAGAGAGAGAGAGAUAGGAGAGUGUGUAUUCGAUUUCGUGUUCUUUGUGAUACACAAGUCUAGAAAUUUUCUGAUCCAACUACAAUCUGAAGUAAAACCAAUCCAAACUAUUCUUAAUCUAAUCUGAUACUGAGAGGGGAAGUAGAGAAUUAAAAAAGAAAUCAAAUGUGAGGAUUGCGUUUUUGCAGCUUCACCGAUUCUAUCAAAGCCUAGACCUCUUUCAUUCAGCAAGUAAAAGAGCUACUGCUGCUACUUUGCACUCCUGUUUACCAACAACCUUCAAGUCUAAGCGUGUAAUGGGGUCCGAACAGAAUAGGUUCCCUCAGCAGGAACGGCGAAAGAGAUGGGGUGGAUGCUGGAGCGCUUUUUCUUGUUUUGGCUCACAGAAAGGUGGAAAACGUAUUGUGCCUGCAUCUCGUAUUCCUGAUGGUAAUGCGGCAUCAGUGCAGCCAAAUGGACCUCAAGCUGGUGGUCUGACCAACCAAGCUACAACACUAGCUCCAUCACUUUUAGCUCCACCUUCUUCACCUGCAUCAUUUACUAAUUCAGCUCUCCCUUCAACAGCUCAGUCACCUAGUUGCUUUUUGUCUUUAUCUGCCAACUCACCUGGUUGUCCAUCCACAAUGUUUGCCACUGGGCCAUAUGCCCAUGAAACACAACUAGUUUCUCCUCCUGUUUUCUCAACCUUCACAACCGAGCCAUCAACUGCGCCUUUUACUCCCCCACCAGAGUUAGCUCACUUAACAACACCCUCUUCCCCAGACGUGCCUUUUGCUCAAUUCCUCUCAUCUUCUGCAGAUCUCAAAAGCACUGAGAAGAGCAAUUACAUUGCCACUAGUGAUCUUCAAGCUACGUAUUCACUUUAUCCUGGAAGUCCUGCCAGCAGUCUCAUUUCACCAAUUUCUAGGGCCUCAGGUGACUGUUUAUCAUCAUCCUUUCCUGAAAGAGAGUUCCACCCUCAAUGGGAUCCUUCGGUCUCUCCCCAAAAUGGAAAAUAUUCAAGGAGUGGUUCUGGCAGACUUUUUGGGCAUGACACAACUGGUGCCUCCAUGGUGUCUCAAGAUACAAAUUUCUUCUGUCCUGCUACAUUUGCACGAUUCUAUCUGGACCAUAAUCCACCAUUUCCUCAUAAUGGUGGGAGGUUAAGUGUUUCCAAGGAUUCGGAUGCUUAUCCUGCUGGUGGAAAUGGCCAUCAAAACAGGAGUAGAAGUCCCAAGCAAGAUGUGGAAGAAUUAGAAGCUUACAGAGCAUCCUUUGGGUUCAGUGCUGAUGAAAUUAUCACUACUCAACAAUAUGUAGAAAUUUCUGAUGUAAUGGACGACUCAUUUACCAUGACUCCUUUUACUUCAAAUAAACCAACCUUGGAAGAAAGUGUUGAAGCUGCAUCUAGGAGUGAAGGCCAAAAGGCACAGACAGUGCAGACAAACUUGCCAAGCGUUAAAUUGAAAUCAGAUACCAUAUGUGGUGAAGUGCCAGUCUCAUGUGAUAGAUAUGAAAAUCCUCUAUCAAGAAAGCAGGCUGGAGAUGUCUCUGCAUCAAGUGCACCUGGUGUCCAUGCUCUGAAAGAUGAUGAUGACAUAUUUUCUAAGAUGACAUCAUCCAAAAUCAGCAGGAAAUAUGAUCUGGGAUCAUCCUGCUCUGAUGCAGAAAUUGACUAUAGAAGGGGAAGAAGCUUAAGAGAAGGUAAAGGAGAUUUUGCGUGGCAAUGACUAAAAUUAGAGAAAAAGCAAGCCAUCAGUUGUUUCCCAUGUACUAAGUUGCAGGUUUAUGUCAUACUCUUCUGUUUGGAGUUAUCUGUGAUAGGUGGAUGAUCUAACAUAUGAUCUAACCUAUUCUCUUCCUGUCUUUCCCCCUUUCCUGCUCUUUCAGGUGUGUGGCCUGAUAUCUCUGAUUGAUGAGUGUCUCUAUGUUCCUAACUUCCCACAUUCUAUAAGUUAUAUAUAUAUAUGUAUGUGAUGAAUCUAGUCAUAUAAAUAUGAAGUGGCAAAAUGAAAUUUGUGUGCCAA